AUGGAUACAAGAGUCAAAACCGAAUCCACCGCAUUAGAUGAAGCCGUUCUGAAAGAGCUCCGUACACUGGUCCACCCGUUGUACUCGCCUGUGCCGACGUUCCCCACAGUCACGAGCACAAUCACAGUGAAGUCAAGGGAAGACCUGCGCAAGGAGGUCAAGGUAACCACGGUGACCGAGAACACCACAGAUACCCAGCGAAGUCCCAGAAAGAGAGGGCAUACCACAGGGGCUGGCAGGAAGCGUCACAUUCCAGGCGAGAGUGCUUCGAGCAGGGUACGUGAGUUGGAUCUGCCGCGGCCCGAAAUCACAUAUGCGCACGGCGGCGGCUGCAUCUACUCGGAGGAGCCGGACGUGGUGUUCAAGCCGAGGACGGCGGUGGUCGAGACGGACCAGCACGCGCGAGAGAGGCUGAGGAACAUCGUCGCCCUGCUAGACAGCGGCAUCAGUUGCAAUUUGGGACCCGAGCUCGACAUCGACCCGGACGCGGACGUGCAUGCUCUGUUCGGCGAGGACACAGUUCUCGAUCUGGGCAGGUACCAAUCCACUUCCACUCUGCCGCCCAGCGACUUCACGGACGGUCAGCCAACUACCCCAUCGGCUCUUGUGCGACGCAUGAUCAAUGCCGCUGCCCACGACGAGGCCCGCGCCAUCCUCUCCGCCGAGAAGGAGCGCUUGGAGGAAUGUCUCGCCACGAGCUCCUUAGCCAAGGGGCUGUACUUCAAGCGAUGCAAUGGGCAGUGGGUCAAUGCGGUGGGCGAUGUGCUUGUGGUCGAUGGUCGUGACGAGGCCGAGGGCAAGGGCAACGGUCACAACCACAGCCCCGGAGGUGAAGAGCCUGGAAACAACAGACGACAAGACCUCGCGGGCGACGAGGCUGGGGGUUGUGGCAAGGUGAAGGGGAAGAAAGAAAAAGAGAAAGAGGGCGCAGCAGUGUCCAAGGAUGGCCAGCUCGGAGGUGCUCAUGAUACGGGCCCUGCCUUUCCCCUUCAAGCGGCCCGUGAUGAGGAAGAACUUGACACAACCUCGCCACCACUCUCCAGGAUUUUUACGCCGAGCAUGACACCCAGCAGCAGCACAGCAUCCGCGAGUGUCUCCUCCCGGUCCAAUGGGAGCCCAGGUUCAUCCUCACGCAGCAGCGGCGGCGGUGACAGCGACACCGGCGAUGACGGCGACAUCAGUCCGUUGAAAGCUACAGCCUGUGCUACAAACGAUGGCGUGGAAGAACCCAGGACCACCGACUCAGCCACGUCGUCUGGAUAUAGCUAUGGCUACGGCUAUGGCUAUGGCUAUGCUGUCCCCCUCGGCCGCCCGCGCGAUGAUACCACCACACCGGAUCCCAUUCUCCCAAGCGCCCGCGCCUUGCUUUCGUCUUGUUCGUCGUCUCGUAUACGCUCAUCCUCACCCCCCGCCUCCGCUGGGUUUCAGACCUGUUUGGCCCAUCCUCACAACACCCCGUCCACCCCAUCGUUCGGAUACGACAUGCUCCAAAGUCGCGAACAGCUCGUCCGCGCCGGCCAAUGCACCGACGAGGACCUCUGCAUAACUAGCUGGGGGUAUAACCGCUUGUUCAAGGGCGCGCGCACAGCCUGA